AAAUAACCAAUAAAUCUUAUAAUUUUGUGAAAAUACUUCUGUCGGCUAAAAAUUUGAUCAAACAUGAUUAUAGAAUCGCUGGACGAUUAUUUAGAAACUGUAGCCGGUUACAUAUUUGAUAACGAUAAGCUGGUGACGUAUAAAUGGUUAAGCAAAGAACUAGGGGUCCAUGUCAAUAUUGCAAAGCAGAUUUUAUGGGAAUUUUGGCAACGGUACAAAGAAGAAAAAGAUUUUGAUUGUACUUUUUUAUUGAUUGGCGUCUUACACGACGGCGGUAUGCGUGUAGAAGUUUUAAAAGAAAAAGACCUAUCGAUGGCGAAAGAAAAAUUUACCAAAAUUAUAUCCGAACACAUUUAUAGUCUCCAAAAAAUACUUCCGGAGUUACAGAUGCUUGGACUCGCUGAAAAUGGAGACUGUAAAUAUAGUGCAAUUAAAUUACUGGAAUGUAACGAGCGUAGCGACGAAGAAAUGUAUAUUCUACGUUGGGGUACUAAACAGAAAGCAACUGAAAUACCAUCUGUCCCUCAAAAGAAAGUAGAAUCGAUAACCGAAUCUAUCAAAGAAAAGAAACAAAAGAGUCCGGAGAAGAAGUCUGAAAUUGCAAAGAAAAAUGCUCAAAAGAGUCCAGAGAAGAAAUCUGAAAUUGCAAAGAAAAAUGCUCAAAAGAAGGGUUUCAAUCAUUUGUUUGAGAAAGUUGGCAACAAACAAAAGAGUCCCCCAUCUACGUCAUCUAAUGCAAAGAAAAUGGAAGUGGAUACUUCCAAUCAAAUACAAAAACCAUUGUCUAAGGAAGUUACAUCCAAGUUACCAGAGAAGACUGAGAAGAAGGGUGGACUCGAUAGCUUUUUACAGCAAGGUAAAAAUGCCAAAAAAAUUGGAAAUUCAGUGCCUCUGGAAGUAAAGGAAAGCAAGAAUUCGACUGUAAAGAAAAUUACAGAGAAGAACGUUACGUCGGAAAGUAACAAUAAGAAAAAGAAAAGUACGCGUGGAAAGAAACGUAAUCGAAGCAAGGAAGCUGAUACUGCUGCGAAGAAGAGGAAACGCAUUAUGAUACAGAGCGAUUCCAGUGGUACGGAAUUGUCUGACGAAGAACAAGAAGAAGCAUUGGAAGAACCACCCACGCCUGAAAAAGCUUCUAUAAGAAUGCGUUCCCCCUCUCCACCGAAGGUCAAAAUCGAAGGCGGUAAACACAAAGUCUUAAAGAUGGUAGAUAAAACAUUUGAGGAAGACGGAUAUCUUGUAACAAAAAAAGUGCAUGUUUAUGAGAGUUGUUCCGACGAUGAUUCAGAAAAAAUAGAAGUAAAGAAGUCUCCCGUGUCUGAACCACCCCCAGAACCAAAAGGGAAGAAAAACAAUAAACAAACAACUCUGAUGAACUUUUUUACGAAAUCGUAGCAUACUAUAUCGCCUUCUAUAACUUAUAAAAUGUUGUUAUCUCAACAUUUUACAGUAUUAAUAUAUCCUGUAUAAAAUACGAAUAAAAAUUAGUGUACACUUAUUGAAUGUAAAUAGUUCGUAGACAGUUAUCUUAAGAUCGAAAUUAUUUCGUCGAUUUUAGGUAUUAAAGAAGAUAUCGUGACGUAGAUAUAGAAUCAUCAGCUAAACACAUUUAUCAGAUAUGUUAUCACAAGCAAACCUAAGCUCGUGCUACACCCUACUAAAUAUGAGUAAUAAGUAAUCAUACUGUGA